AUGAAGGAGCUCAGCAGCUGCGAGAAGCUGCUACUUCCACAACAGCAAGAGACUCUUACUAGCAACCAGACGGUUUCGGAGCACUGCGAAUGUGGCCUGUAUGGAUUAAAUUCUCCUCUACUUAGUGUUUGGGGACUUGUGGCUAUUCCUACAUCUGAUCGCCAAGCCUGCAAUGCAAAUACCCAGUUCAGCAUCACAAAACCACCGUGGAUAGCGCUGGUCAAAAGAGGCAAUUGCAGUUUUGCUCAAAAAAUUAGGAUGGCAACCAGAAGGGGUGCAGCAGCAGCUGUGAUCUACAAUAUGCUGGGCAAAGGCCACAACGCCAUCCCGAUGUCGCAUCGCGCUGCAAAACCAGUGCCAGCUGCGUUUCCUGUGAGCGGUGGUGGCCGCAGCCGGCCCAAGGCACCGGCACGGUGGGAGCAGGGCAGCCUCAUCCCUGAGGUCAGUGGAGGAGAAUGGAAUGGAAUGGAAUGGAAUGCUGGGUAA